UAUCUCGCUGAAAUCUUGACGUAUUUACAAACGGUUUAGUUUAAUACAAACGUUAUUAACGUGGCUAUAAUUCUGGAUGCUUUAACAUGUUGAAAUUGAAGCUUUUCUCUUCGGAAAACGGACUUAAUCGUGCAGCUUAGUUGUGGAUCGCGGCUAGGCUACAUUAUCUAGCCUACUUGCGCAAGUUAUCAAGGAAAGUGCUGACCUGUGAAGAUGCCAGACGUGUGUGCAGCCUACGGAUGCUCGAAUCGCCGUUGUCUCAAAACGAGAACCCGUGGGAUCACGUUUCACCUGUUUCCCAAAACCAGAGAGAGGAGGAGAAAGUGGGAACUUGCCCUAAGAAGGGACAGUUUUGCCGCCUCUGACAGGACGCUGCUCUGCAGUGAGCACUUCAGGAGCGAGGACUUCGACAGGACGGGGCAGACUGUUCGGCUUAAAGAUGGUGUUGUGCCAAGCAUCUUCGAUUUUCCAGCUCAUCUUCAAAAGUCGGUAGCAACAAGAAGGACAACCACUUCUAGAAGAGCGGAAGGCGACCUGCCUGUGAACUUGAUGCCUAUGAACUUGAUGCCUGACGUUGAAGCCACUGGAGAGAGCAGUUUGAGCUGCAAGCAGCAGGCCACUGACCACUCACUGUAUGCAUUGCCUGCUUGCCCUAAGGCUAUAAAGGCCAAACUUGAAGAAGCCACCGCGAUAGUGAGGAAACUGCAGCGGGAGAAGAGUAAUGCCUUGAAGAGAGAAAACAGGGUCAAGAACAACAUGAAGGCUCUUCUGAGGAUGAGGGAGCAAAUUAUCUUAUUGGAAUUAAAUCUGCCUCCUGGGAAAAGUCUGUAACUGUGUCUCUCUCUCUCUCACACUCCUGUUACUUUAUAUUCUUCUUUAUUGUUAAUCCUUAUCUUUUAAUAAAUAUUAUUUAUUAUUAUUGAUUUCA